CAGGUUCUUCAUCUGCAAAAAUUAGUGUUUUGGCUUGUUCCAGUCCCAGUUCCCCCUCUAGAUUUAUAAAAACAGAACAUUUCACUGCAGUUAUAAUCAUCAACACUGACUUUUGUUGUUGCUACUUUGUAAUCUUAAUCACCUGGAGCCUGGUAGCCACCCAGCUUUCCAGGAUGCUAUCUUCAGGGGAACUGAGGUCAAAAGAUGGCAGUCGGUCUUGGUUCUUGGACUAGUUCACCAUGACCUUAAACAAGCCACAGUGCCAUUCUGGAUCUCUUUCUGUAAAAUACCAGGAGGGGUUGGCUGGGCAACAUCAAGCUCUCUCAAGGAGAUCUGGACAUCCUCCGAUCUAAGGUUCGGCCCCUGACUCCUGACCUAGAGUCAGAAUUUGAGACCUAGGCCUCUGUUUCCCCAAGGCAGAAGACCUUUUACAUCUACAUAUGCACCCUUUUCUGCCCACCCCACCCCUGUCCCGGGGCUUUGGAAUUUGACCAGAAAAGAAAAAAAAUUCAUUUAACACUGCUAUUUAUUUUCAUUUUCGGCCUCUGAGGGAGUUUCCAUAGUAACACGCCCUUCCAGUCAUCUCCGCAGAUGGGAGGUUCCAGAGUUCCAGCCUCAGGACUCAGACUCGCCUCGAGGCCAGUGUCCUCAGGCUUUCAUUGGUUACCGCCAGCCGAGCCCCUCGUAACCCUGGUAACAGCACCGCCCACGCCGACGAUUGGUCUGCACACCAAAGCCCUAAGGCGAGCUCCUCAGGCGAUUGGCCCGAGUCACGGGAAGCUGGAGCCGCGGUUGGUGAACCUAGAGGUCAGUCAGAGUCAGACGGGCUCAAAAAGGGAGAAAUGGCGACAGAGCCAGGCUGUGGGCCCAUCUUUGGAACAAGAUCUGGGAACUACAGUCCAGCCUCAAGCCUCAACUUAGUUGGAGCUUGAGAGACUGAGAGACUCCUGGACAGCAGCCUUGCAGAGAAAUAUUUUGACCUUGGCAUCUAGACAUCUCCCGUCCCCCCAUGGCCCUGACAAUGCUGAAUGAGCUCCUGAUUGAGGACCCAAGCCCACCUGUGCUGCUGUACCAGGUUAGUAAGACUGCCAAGCUAGAUACCCUCAACUAUCAGAGCUGCUUUAUGCAGAGCAUCUUUGCCCACUUCCCUGAGAUCUUAUUUAUCCACCGGACCUAUAAUCCAAGGGGCAAGGUGUUAUAUACCUUCCUUGUAGAUGGCCCUCGGGUACAGCUGGAGGGUCAUCUUGCCCGGGCAGUCUACUUCGCCAUUCCUGCCAAGGAGGAUGCUGAAGGCCUAGCCCAGAUGUUCCAGGUGUUCAAGAAGUUUAACCCAGCCUGGGAGAAAGUCUGUACCAUCCUAGUGGAUCCCUACUUCCUCCCCCUGCCCACCCUAGCUAUGGAGUUCCCCGCAGCUGAGGUCCUGCCCUCAGCCUUCCACAUCUGUAAGUUCCUCCAGGGCAAGUUCUAUCAGCUUUCCCUCGAACAGCCUGUGGAGCAGGUACUCCUGACCUCCCUGCAGAGCACAAUGUGCUCAGCCACAGCUGGCAACCUGAGGAAAUUGUACACACUCCUGAGCAAUUGCAUCCCCCCAGACCAGCUGCCCAAGCUCCACUCAUACUGGCUGCUUAACGACCGCAUCUGGCUGGCCCACCGCUGGAGGAGCCACGCCGAGAGCAGCCGCUACUUCCAGGACCUGGAGGUCACCACCCGAGUCCUCAGCCAGUUCUUUGGCACCACCCCAUCUGUGGAACAAGGCAUGACCUCCCUACUCCGAUACAUGCAACAGAACUCUGGAGACAUGGCAAGCUUCAGCCUGGGCCUGAGUCCCCAGAGCAGUUGUGCCCCUUCAGGCGUCAGCCCCCAAAGCCCCAAAGUGGAGCAGUUGGUAGAAGCCUGCAUCCAACACUCCCUCCACGCCAUCUGCACAGGGCCAGCAGCCCAGCUCUGCCUGGGUGAGCUUGCCGUGGUCCAGAAAUCCGUGCACCUCAUUGGCUCUGGCUCAGAAAAGGUGAACAUACAGAUCCUGGAGGACACCCAUAGGGUGCAGCCCCAGCCCCCUGCCAGCUGCAGCUGCUACUUUAAUCAGGCCUUCCACCUGCCCUGCCGCCACAUCCUAGCCAUGCUCAGUGCCCGCCGCCAGGUGCUCCAACCCGACAUGUUGCCGUCUCAGUGGACAGAAGGUUGUGCUGCCAGUCUAGACCACAUCCUGGGCAGCAAAUGGAGUGAGACCUUGGAUAAACACUUGGCCGUGACUCUCCUCACUGAGGAGGUGGGUCAGCUCUUGCAGCACUGCAGCCAGGAGGAGUUUGAAAGGCGGUAUAGCACCCUGCGGGAACUGGCCGACAGCUGGAUCGGCCCUUACGAGCAGGUCCAGCUGUGAUUACUCUCAGUGCCCAGAGAUGCUUAUACACAUAUACACACUCAUCCACUCCACAUCUCACACUGUUGUACUUCUAUGAGCCCUCGUUCCAGGAAAGGACAGGAGUCUUCUCUUCUACUGCAGCCUGCUACCUACAGUGUAUCUACUUCCCUAAGACAGGAGUCAGCAAAUUUUUCUGUAAAGGGCCCCACAGUAAAUGUUUUAAACUUUGCUGACCACAUACAAUCUGUUGUAUAUUCUUGGUUUUUUUACUACCUUUUCAAGGUAAAAACCAUUCUUAGUUCAAGGGCCUUACAAAAACAGGUGACCCUCUGCUCCAAGAUAAGAGAUAGGAGAUACUGGGUGGAGAUCAAGGUCUGGGAUAAUAGCUUCCCCAGUCGUGAGAUGACUCACCUGACCCACAGAGGAAGAGGCCCCCUCAGGAGGUGGUUCAGCCAGGUUCCCAGGCUUUUUACCCUCCCCCAGCCCUUUACCCCAUCCUGAGGUCAUUAAAGUUGAAUGUUGUUGUCUACUACAGCACUUGUCUAGUUUUUUGUCUUGUGGAAGGCACUGUAGGAAAUAUCAUGGAAAGAAUAGAGACUUUGGAGUCUGAUACUAUAUGCAAAUCCUGGUUCUUUACCUGCCUGAUUUUUGAGGUCUGGUCUGCCCUUUACUAGCAAUGAGACUUCAGGCAAGUCCCUUCUCUAAGCCCCAAUUUGUUCAUCUAUAAAAAAGGAGAUCCUCACAGCACUGGUAAGAUUAAAGGAAAGUGGGCAUGGAAUGGGCCUGACACUCAGGUGCUCAAGUAAGUGUUAAUUUUCCUUUCUGCCUAUGGUCCCAUCACACGCCCUCAACGGGAUGGGAAAUGGAAGGCAAGAGGAAAAUUCAUGUUGCCUAGGACUUUGUACAAGAAAUUUGAUCAAGUCCCAAAACAAUACAAAAGCCUCUCUACUCUCCAAGCAGGGCCCCCUAUCUCAGGUAAUUUUCAUUGUAACUACUCUGAUAAGAUCUGUCUCCUGAUUUAGUGGUAUUG